UAUUCCGCCUGAUUGUCGACCUCUUCAAUGCCGGCACUGAUACUACUGCCACUACUAUGACCUGGGCAAUCAUCCAUCUAAUUAAGCAACCGGAAGUCCAGAAAAGAUGCAGGGAUGAGAUUCUCGAGGUUGUUGGUACAGGACGAAGCGUUAGUCUUGAUGACAAGAAAGACCUUCCAUAUUUACAAGCUUUUAUUGACGAGGUUCUACGGUAUAGUACAAUUGCACCACAAACGGUUCCCCAUUCUGUAAUAGAAGACACAGAGUUUGAAGGUUACACCAUACCUAAAAAUAGCGUCGUAAUAUUCGUUAUCUUCACUAUGCUGAUGGACAAAGACAAGUGGGGAGAUCCGGAUAAUUUCAGACCUGAGAGGUUCCUUUCUGAAAAAGGCGAAUAUGUUCAAGACAAAGAGCACUUUGCACCGUUUGGUUUGG